GUUUUUCUUUUUUGAUCCAAAAAAAAAAAAAUUAUUGUUAUUUAAAUAUAGCCAUUGGGUACUUGGGUUAGGUGUACUAUAAAUAAUAUGGUUGAGUAUAAGCUUCUUGCUCAAACGGAAAGUUCUGAAAUACUGAUUCGUUUUAUUUGCAUCCGAGGUUGAUUGUUGGGAUUGAAGUAUAUACAUUGAGCUCCAUAUAUACGAUGGCCGAGGUACGAGCGCAAGAUGACGAUCUUUUUAUGUUGACCGACGACAAACAAUUGCUAAAGCUUGCAAAAUUACUAAGAAACCAAGAAGAGCCACUAAUGCUUGGCAUCAAGUCUGAGCCUGAUCGCAUCAAAUUCCUCCAAGAAUGCAACGAUUCUUAUGAUAAUGUGGUGACACUACUAGAUAUCAGCCGUGAUCUGCGCAACAAGCACGAGGCGGCGAGGGCAGUCAGCGAGGAGAAGGCAGACAUUGCUGCAAACAUCGAGGACUAUGUGAAGUAUGGUAUCAAUAUGAGCCUGCAGUGUGUGCGCAACUGCGGUUUUCGACUCAUGUGUGUCGAGAAGCUUAAAGAGCAUUUUGACGACCUUGCAACUGAUCUUAAUAUGUUGGACGCUAAGAAUACGAGCAAUGUUGAAAGUUUGGCAAAAGAAGUGGCCUUCUACAAGCAGUCUAUGUUGGAGUAUGCUAAUAAUAUUCGAAGUGGCACAGCUCGCGCUCAUUCUAAGGCGUAUUCUAUGGGACUCAAGCAAGAGGGCAUUGAAUUCCCAAACCUUGUCAACAGGCACAAGAAUAGGCUUGGAUAUAAAGAUGAAUUUGAAUUUUUGGAAGAAGAUCAAAAGCUUGAGGUAUACAAUAGCAUCAUCAGGGAAUCAGGGCGCGCAAACAUCCCAAUCGCCACUAGGGACACCUUAGGCGGUAAAGCAGGUGGGAUUGCAUCGUUGGCGAUGUCUGCCAGCAUGAUGGUGUGGGACAUCUUCAGCGCUGAGCACAAGCUUGAGUCUGUGGUGAGCACAGCUGUGUCAGUGUUGGCGGAUGUUGGCGCCUUUGCAGUGCAAGUGGCUGUGAAUGCAGCAGUAACAACUGCGGUGGCAAACUUGGAGCUAGGUGUUUUUGCCGUCUCAGUGGCUGGGUUUGUGGCAGGCGCUUUGACCGGUGUGCUCUUUGCUGUAGCAACGGGUGCAUUGCUUGGCCUCAUCUUUGGAACUGGUGGUAAGGUGCCGCCUAACUUGGAUGGACUUAAAUUUUAUUCAGCUACAAUGCCAGAUGGUAUGGCCCUUGCAAACGAGCUAUCGCAUGGUUAAAUUGUUGUGUAUCCCAUUAGUAUUUUGUACGAUGUACCUGUAUCAAUAAGCUUUAUGGAUGGAGAAAAAUAAGUAUGCCAUAUGUGUGGAUGAGUCGAGUGUCAACGUUUCAUUUUAAGCUCAUCAGUUGUAUGUAUCAGUCGUGUUGCAUUGAUUUUCUAUAGCUUUAUGAUGAAUACCAUGCGUUUGAUGUUCUUUACUAUA